AUGGCCGUCGCCGCCGCCGCCGCCGCCGCCGCCACGAGGUCGUCGUGGCUUCUCCGGGGGCCCUUCUCUUCCACUAUCCUCGCACGCUGCGCAUAUCCUAGGCUCCUCCGUACUACCAUAUGCUUCUCCCAUUCUGCCUCUGCCUCCGCCCCCGCCCCCGCCCUCGCCCUCGGCGCCGCCUCCUUAACACCAAACACGCCUUCUCCCCCGCCUACCACCUGCUCCGGGGAUGGGGGUGGCGGGAUGAGGUGGGAGUCUACGCGGAAGAAGAGGGUCGUGCUCCGCAUCGGCUACGUUGGCAGCGAGUACCGAGGUCUCCAGAAGCAGCGGGAGCUCAGCGCCGAUUCAACCAUUGAGUCAGUCUUGGAAUCUGCCAUCUUUAAGGCAGGGGGCAUUCUUGAGAGUAAUUAUGGAAAGCUGCAAAAAGUUGGUUGGGAAAGGAGUAGCCGAACUGAUAAAGGGGUGCAUUCACUGGCUACAAUGAUCUCUCUGAAGAUGGAAAUCCCUGAUCGAGCAUGGGACAGGGAUCCUGAUGGCAUUGCUCUUGCGAAUAUCAUCAACUCGAAUUUACCAAACAAUAUCAAAGUUUUCAGUAUCUUGCCUGCACAAAGGAGUUUUGAUGUAAGGAGGGAAUGCUUGUACCGGGAGUACUUCUAUCUUCUGCCUGCUGAAAUUAUUGGAAUUAAAAAUGGUUCUACCUCUGAAGAAGUACAGGAGCACUUAAUCGAAUUCAACAACAUUCUGAAAGGUUUCAAGGGAAACCACCCAUUUCAUAAUUACACUGCUCGUGCAAAGUAUAGAAAAGUUCUAGCAGGAGCGCACCGAAGGGCCAAAGAAACAAGCUCAACAGUAAAUUCCAUCUCCGAAAUGAUUGUGGACCAAAACACUUCUGGUGAGGGCGCUACUUCCGAUCCAGAUGAGGAAUACUCAGACUUUCCGUCAAUACUUGAUUCUAGUGCACCAGAAGACAACUGCAAGAUGGAUAAUCCCGAACUUCCUGAGAGUAGUGUGCAGAUUCAAGCUAGAUGGCUCCAUGAGCCUAAUGAAAGUGAUAGACUAAGUGCAUCACACUUCAGAGAUAUCCUCAACUUCUCCUGUGGAGAUUUGCAGAGUUCAGCAGGAACCCAAUUUGUGGAACUGACGAUAUGUGGAGUAUCUUUUAUGCUGCAUCAGAUCCGGAAGAUGGUUGGCACCGCUGUGGCAGUGAAGCGUGGACUACUACCCAAAGAUAUCAUAGAACUUUCUCUGGCAAAAUUUUCCCGCAUUGUUCUACCGAUCGCCCCAUCCGAAGUUCUGAUCCUUCGAGACAACAGUUUCUGUACGAGGAACAAGCAAGGCAACAUCGUUCGGCCUGGCAUCCAGUCGAUUACCGAGUCCAAAGAAAUGAAGAAGGGCGUAACCGAAUUCUACAGGGCUGCUCUUCUGCCCGAGCUGGCAAAGUUCUUGGAUCUGUCCCAGCCUCCGUGGCAGGAAUGGGUGGAGAACCUGGACCACUUCACCGGCAUACCAGACCCCCAACUGGAUGAAGUUCGGACGGCUUACAGAGUGUGGAGAGACGACUACGACCGAGUGAAGAUGGCUCGAAAGAGUGCUGGCAGCGGCUAGUUUUCUUUAUCAAGCUGAUCGCAAGGUGGACGAGGAACCAAACCAAGAACGGAAUACCUUAUUUAGCUGAAAGUCAUUUUUUUCUUGGGCGUUUCUCCGUAGAGGGGCCUGACUUUUGGACGGGGCAAUGUUAGGGUUACCGUUUUUUAAUCAACCCAGGGACAAUACCAAGAGCCUGAGCCAUUCAUUGAUCAGAGACUAGGAAAACCUGCAGAUAAGUAGUUGGGUUUUUUUUGCUUUCCUUUCAACAGACUUGAGUAUUCAUGCAACAACAUCA